UGACUGUCAACCUGAUCGCAAUGUUACGUUUACAGUGCAAGGGUGACUUAAAACACAAUAAAAACAUAAAAGGAAAGGAUCGAGAGGGAAUAAAAAAGAUUGUCUGGUUUUGUAAAUUUUAACUUUUUUAUGUAAGUAAGCAUACAUGUAUAUUGCAUACAAAUCACAAAAAUCUUAGCUUUAUUUCAUAAAAAAAUCCACUUUCAUUUUUCAACAAUUCAUGUCUGUAUCUUUUAAGUGAUUAUUUAUAUUCGUAUAUGUGCUUUAAAGAUCCUGUAACACAAAUUUUUAUGGUUUAUAUCAUAAAUAUGAUGCUCACAUUAAGAUUUAUCAAUAUUGUAAGUUCCAAAAAGCACCUUUUUAUAAAGAUAUUACCGAAUUUAACAUUUCAUGGAAUUAAAGGAAUGUUAUAAAAAUUUAUUUUCUUUAAAGUCUAAGUCAAUUUUUUCAAUAAGAAGAAAAUGCAUAUAUUUUAAUGAUUACAACUAAUAUGUACAAAUAUUUGCAGUACAUAUUUUACAUAUUAUUCAAUGCUAGAAAACUGUUUUAUAAGCAAAAUUAUAUACAUAUAUAUAAUUUCACUUAAGUGUGGUAUACAAACUCAAUUACAACAUACAGGAUCUUUAAUAAACUGCGUUUUAACUAAAUUAACCACCAUGCUUCAAAGUGACACAAACACUUAAAAUAUGGCGACUUUCCAGCUUAUUUUCAUACAGAGGUAAGACCAGACUGACGUUAGGUAAAUGUAUAUAAAUUACAACCAUAAUAAAAUAUACUGGUAUCGUACUGCUAUUAAUCUUAAUUUGUUUAUAUUUUGUGUAUCAAAGUACUUAAAUUUAAGAGGUACGCAGCAUGCUAAUGGGGUAUUUCAAAUACUGCAUAAAAAAACCCAAGUAGGGAUGUAUCAUUUGAAUAGCGUAAUAAAUAUUGCUUAAAAAGUGUUGAUAAAGUUUUAAGUGUUUUAGUACGAACAUUUGUUUGAUGAAUAAUAAAAAUAUGUGAACUUCUUAUCAUCUGCUAUAUAAAUUAUACAUAUAUGUAUGUAAUAUCGGAUCAUCGCCAACAACAUUCAUAUAUGAUUUUUCUUGAUUUCUUGCUGUCUGAUUCGAAAUACUAUAAUGAUUGUAUCAAUAUUAUUAUUUCAUAAUUACUGACCAUCCAUAAAAGACCAAUUCACUUUAAACCAGUGCACUGAGGGUUGAAUUGAAAUGUCUAAAUGCGGCGACCAAAUAUUGGUUUGUUUAGAGAUAAUCUUAAAAAAGCAUGCAAUUCACUAAAAUUACAAUGUUUAUUCCAUAUCCAUUGCUUUGAUAACAAAUUGGCAAGGUCUUCAUGCAGCCAUUCAAAAGUAAUCACUCUGAACACUCGACUGAUAAAGACCUCAAUCAGGAAGUGAUCGACUGUUCUUUGGUUUUUCUAAUUUAAUAUUGCGUUAUCAAUUCUUAUCUGUAACAAAUGUCUGGAUUUUAAUUUGACAACAUUCUUCAAACAAGAUGUAUGUUAAAAAGCAGCAGAUACUAUUUCUCUUGUCUUCCCUAAACGUUUUAUUUGUGAGCGGUGGUGGACCACAUUAUUGCACUUCCGGCCAUGAUCCUUGCCAGAAUGGGGCAACGUGUAUCGCCAUAAGCAACGGACAUUUUUAUAUGUGUACGUGUAUGCCAGGUUUUACUGGGACUGAUUGCCAAUCAUUCGACUGCAGUAGUUCGAUAUAUUGUAAAAAUGGAGGAACAUGUUCCACUUUUAAUGGAGGUUCAAGAUAUACAUGUAAGUGUGGCAAUGGCUGGAUGGGUUCAAACUGUGAACAGAUUGAUUGCAGUAGUUCCUUAUAUUGUAUAAAUGGUGGAACAUGUUCGACUUUAAAUGGAGGUACAAAAUAUACAUGUAACUGUGCCGACGGCUGGAUGGGGUCAAAUUGUGAACAGAUUGAUGUUUGUACGCCAUAUAAAAAAGCCGACAUUGUAUUUGUCUUGGACACUUCCCUGAGUGAAGGUGAUGAUGGAUUUGAGAAACAGAAACAAUACGUCAAGAGGUUCAUAUCAAAAUACCAAUACCAAAUUGGGCCACCGAAUUAUCGUUACCAAUUUAGCCUAAUAACAUAUUCUCUACAUGCGACCGUCCACUUUUACUUCAAUACCUUCAACAACGAGACAGAUUUACAAAACGCGAUGGAUUUGUUAAAAGUUAAUUGUAGUGGUCCUAGUUUAGCUGGAAAUGCUUUGAAGAUAGUCCGAGGAGAUGUGUUCCAAACCUCUAACGGUGCACGAAAGGAUCCUGACGUUGAACGGUAUAUUAUGUUACUAUCAGAUGGACUUUUGUCGGAUGCGCCAGACACCAUCCUAGAAGCAAAUGUAUUAAAGGUCAAUGGCUUUAAGAUAUACACAAUUGGCAGCGGAAAAUCAAUACUUCAUGAGAACUUGUUAGAAAUAUCAUCAUUUAAUGAUUACGUAUUUCAUAUGGCAACAGAGGAUGGGAUACAAACACUUCUAAAACACACAAUGUUUGGUUGCAAAAAAUGUUCAUCAAAAGUAUCCGAUGUUGCGAUCCUAAUGGAUGUGUCAGCCAGUAUUAAACACCAAGAGCUGGAUAUCCAGAUCAGAGCCGUCAUACAUUUACUCGGGAUCACAAAAGUUGGACCAAAGGCUACUCAGUUUAGUUACUCUACGUUUACAGAGACAGUCCACAAUGUUUACGACUUCACAACAUAUAAGUCACGAGCCGAUCAAAUUGCUGAUAUUAGUAAGAAAACUAGGCAGACUAUUUCAACAACUGCAAAUUUAGCGAACGCGUUGAAUGAAUUAAAGCAAAAUGGAUUUUCAGCAGGGAGAGGUUCAAGACUAGACGCAAGGAAGAUCAUUGUGGUUGUUACCACCGGAAGUACGAAUGAUAUGAAACAGGUUUUAACAGAAACAAAUAAACUUAGGAACUCUGGGAAGAUAAUUGUAACUGUAGGUGCUGGGUUGAAUGCAAAUUAUACAAAUCUGUUGGAGAUAUCGUCAGACCCCGCCUUAACAUUUAUACUCGGUGAUGACGUUCAUAUUAACGUCAAAGUUUUAGAUUCCUUAAAAACGUUGCUCGAGUAUGAUGAAUGUUCACAUGUUUGAUUAUUGACGAUAUUGUUAGAUUUAACGUGAUACGAUUAAAGGCUUGCCUUUUGUUCACACGCACGUACGCACACACAUGCACGAGCACCUAUACGCUCGCACACACUCACGCACACACACAUUGAUAAAAAUUAUUCUUAUGCUCUAUUACGCAUGAGCUGAAAAUGUACAUAAACUAUUAUUUCUAAAUAUUUAGUUUUAGAAGUUGAAGUCGAUACUACCCUCAUUUUACGAUAUCUUUAGUAAAAAGCUAUUUACAUGUUUUCAAAGGUCGUUGACUUCAAACCACUUGCCCCUCACCGCUGUGGGUUCGAAUCCCGACAGGGACUUUGGAUUCUUUCAUGUGAGGAAGCUAUCCAGCUAGCUUACGGAACGUCGGUGGUUCUACUCAGGUGCCCGUUCGUGCCUGAGAUAAUGCACGGAAGGGCACCUGAGGUCUUCCUCCACCAGUAAAGCUGGAACGUCGCGAUAUGACCUAUACUGUGUCCAUGUGACGUAAAACCCAAAACAAA